UUAGAGGUGGGGCUAGGAUGAAGACCAUUUUCAGAAUCAUUACUCUGUUGUGUCUACUUUUCACUGGUGAUAAUGAUAGUUCAGACUUUUCAAAUAGAUGGGGCUACAAGUUAACACCACCUCAAAAUACAACUAAGCUAUAUGGAUCUAACAAUUCAGACCUACUAUGCUUUACUGCUGUCUGCAAUAGUCCUCCUUGGGCAAUAAGUAUUUAUGAAGUUGAUUACCAUGAAUUCAUUGCUACCGGAGUGUCUUACUUUGUCUAUAAAUCAUCAACAACUGUAGUUACUGUAGCAAUGUGUAAUUGUACCACAGAUCUUAGCAAAUCACCCACUGAUUUAUGUAUCAACAUAACAAUGCUUGGUACUCCUGAGACUCUCAACAUUUCUGUUCAAUUUCAAGAUAAAACGGAAUCAUACACAAUAGCUAAAAUCAGUGACAUUAAAAUGAGUUCAAGUACUUCUACUCAAACUUCAGAUCCAAGUCUUUCUACAACUUCUAUGACAAAUAAUGACAGCCUAAGCAAUUCUACUCCAUCAUCUACUAAUGCUCCUAGUCCUAGUGAUCCUUCUACAACUACACCUAAUGGACCUUCUACAACUAGUUCGAGUGGGCCUUCUACAACCACAACUAGUGGCCCUUCUACAACUAGUCAAGGAAAUUAUGGUCAGUCUAAACCAGUAUAUCUAAUCAGUAGUCUAUAUCUACUAUUCUACUCUAUUAUUACAGCUGCAGGUAGCCACAACCCAACGCUUGGUAUUACAUUUUUAAUGACAAUGUUGGUUUUAUUUUUUUAAUUAUUGAACAAUUUGAUGCUGACUAUAAACUACAGUCUUAUAUUUUUGUAGUUUUGUUAUUAUAAUUAAUGAGAACGUGAAAAACAUGUU